AUGCGCGGUGAUGCGAGAUUGUCCAAUGCCACUGUGACUCUCUCUCACCACGUUCCGCAGAAGCGCUCUAGCCGCUGCGCAUGUCCUGCAACGAUCAAUCGCUCUCCUCCUGAACGCACAGCUCACCUCAACUUCCUCGUUCCAACUCUCCUUGCCCCCUCUUUGCCUCUCCAUGCCCCCCUUCCUAUGCUACUACCCUGUUAUCACCCCGCCUUCCCUCCUUUCCCUCCCUUUCCUCCUUCCACUCCCUCUUCUCAUCCCCUCUCCCAACAACCCUCACUCAUCUGUCGCACAACCCUCUUCCGGUCCCUGCGUGCCCCCAUGCCCCUCCCCGCGUUGCUUCCCUCCCCCCACACUCCACCGUGCCCGCUGACCUCCGUGAGCCCGCGGCUGCACCCCCUGCGUCCAACCCUCUCCUGCCUUCGCUGGCAGUCAAGCUGUUUUGCACGUGCUGGCAGCGUGGGGGCAGCUUGGGGGCGGCUGGCAGGCGUGGUCGGCCAGCAGCGACUGCUCCACCGUGCAGGGCGUCGCAUGCGACGCUCGCAGGCAACGUCGUCUCCCUGGUACGUGAGGCAUGUGAGUGCUGCUCCAGUGCAUGCGAGUGCUGCUCCAGCGCAUGUGGGUGCCUUCAGAGUACUCUCGGCCCGCUUGCCAGGGGCGUGCCAGCAACGUGUGCAGGCAUCCCUCUCCUCACCUCAGUACAUUGCCCCAUCUGUAGUCCUUCCACGUCUCCCCUCCCUCUCUCUCUCCUAA